CCAUCUUUAUCACCGAACGACGAAUACCUUUUGGGAAAGACUGUAAUAUUAUACUGCAUUAUCAGUAAUGUCGACAUCAGAGGGACGAAAUCCAGCCAUAGAACUACUAAAUCAGAGAUUUUUACGUCUAAUGACAAAGGAAGGCAGACAGAAGGCCUUAAGUUUCGUCCCUCGAUCAAGUGAUGUGAUUGUUGCUACCCCAAUGAAAUAUGGUACGACAUGGAUGCAACAGAUCAUGCAUCAACUGCGUAGCGGAGGUGAUAUGACCUUCAAAGACAUCGAGGAAGUUGUUCCAUGGGUUGAAUUGGCUCAUGAUGUCGGACAAGACCUCGAUGCCGAACACAAAUAUCAGCCUAGAUGUUUCAAGACCCACGCUGAGUACGAGGCCAGGCCUAAAGGCGGAAAGUACAUUGUUGUCUAUCGGGAGCCUUGUGCAUCAUUCUACAGUUUAUUCAAAUUCUUCGAAGGAAAUCAUUUUCAACGUGGACAAAUAACGCUUGAUGAAUUCGUGAAAAAUAUGCUCCUUACCUCGAAUGAACAUAUGCAUCUAUAUUACUUUCAUCAUUUGCUGAGCUGGUGGCCAAGACGAAAUCAUCCGAGUGUAUUGUUUCUUCUAUACGAAGAUAUGUUGGAUGACUUGGAAAGUGCAGUGAGGGCCGUUGCAUCGUUCAUGCGAAUUGAUGAUGAAGCUAGCAUAACAAAUGCUGUGAGAAUGAGCACAUUUGAUUUCAUGAAACAAGUUCGCAACCAACCUCGUAUCAAGUUAUCGGAAUAAAUUGUUGGGAAUGCCGGAAAAAACCAGACUUCAACGUGUUGUUACAGGUUCUGCAACAAAAGGACGCGAAAUAAUGGACGAGUGCACCAAAGAAGCUAUUCAAAAAAUGUGGAAUGAAAUUGUCACAAAAGAGACCGGUUUUCAAGAUUAUAGCGAGUUUAGAGAUGGCUUGAAGAAGGAAAAACAGUCGUAACUCCAUACGUUUUCGAUUGUACAUAACAGGAAAACGACAAUGGUAAUGGUAAUGGCAACGGCAACGGCAGGAAACAUAAUUACAUUAAUUUUGCAUUCGAGCCAAAGUAUACACUACCUUAGGGACCGGUCAUUAUUUAUGCCAGGGGUGGGGGCCGAACAGAAAAUGGUGGGGUAACUGAAAAAUAAUACUUGCUUUAGGUGGGGUGGCCAAAAAAUCCUUGCAUGCAGAGGUGGGGUAAAAAAAAUAUAACCUUACUUUAAUCACACACAAUACAAUAUAUACUACAAUCAGAGUUUAAUAUGUGAUUAUUCUAAUUUUUUAAUAAAAUAUUAUUGCUUUCCAAAAUGUUGACAGAAACACCCCCCUCAACCCACCUGUAAAGGGUCAUUUUUAUAUUCAUUUACACACAAAAUCUCCAAAGACUCCAAUGACCAGACAAAAUAUAUAUUGCCUAUAUAUA